GCAUCUGCAAUGAGGACAUGAGACCGUAUCACUCAUGGGUCCUCUGCACAUCAUUCUGCCUUUUUUCUGGGGUAACUUGUUCAAAGUUGGUCAGACUAACUUUUUAAUUUCCUUUUAAAUUUGUGAAAGAAAUAAUUUUUACAAUGCAUCUGUUUUACAGGAGCAGUUUCCUGCAGUUUUGACUGGACUUCUGCAUCAGUGACUGAGGUGACAGUCAGACAUGGAGACAACAUCACUCUCUACUGUGACUGCAGAAUGGCAAAAAAAGGACUGACUGUGUGGUUCAGAAAUUGUUCCCACGAGAACCAACCUGUUUUUGUUCUUAAGAUAAAGGGAGAUCUCUGGAAAUUCUUAGAGAAAUCUCGGUUUAGAUUGACAAAGAACGAUUCCUCUGAUUCUCACGACCUGAUGAUCAUCAAUGUCACCUAUUCUGAUGAAGGUUUCUACUACUGUGCCACUGAAGGAAAGAAGGUGGAAGACAAAGAUAAAAUUAAUGGGAAGAGUUGGUAUAAUUACAGCAAGGUCAUCAGAAAAGUCUCCAUCUCUUCCAAUAGGCCUCAUAACUGCACUAACGACAGUCAUCAGAAUGUUGAUGUUUGCUGGAAUCUGCUCUUCUCUGUGUGUUCGGUUGUUUCUGUUCUCUCCGCUCUCCUCUCAGUUCUGGUUUACAGAAUUUGUCAGAAAACAGUUACAUCUUCUCAAAAUUCUGGAACGAAACAAAACACAAGAAAUCUGACAAGACAAACUCAACAGGAUGAGGAUGUGUGCUAUGCUGCCCUGGAAAUCCAACAUUCAUCACUAAAACCACAGAGGAAGAGGACAACUCAGGCUUCAGACUUUAGCACAUAUUCUGCUGUCAAUAAAUCUCAGCUGUAGAAGAUUUUCAACAUACGACUCCGGUGUUUUCUUCAAGAAAACAUCAAAUGCAUUUUUUUUACUUUAAAUUUUAAAAUAACCCUGCAUUUUAAGGUUUCUAAGAGAAUCAAUAGCACGGAAACAGCCUUAACCACCUUAAGAUCUUAAAAAAAAGAAACACACACAGGAAACCCACAAUGAUGCGCAGCACUCACUACACUGCCUUUGUAGCUUAACACACACUGAUGAACUGAAAACUCAGUACACAGAAUAGUUCACAGUUUCUUGGUAUUGUGCAUCAACUAAAUAGCUACAUAAAUAUUCUGAUUAAAUUUACAAUAUUAAUACAUUUAAAUUGUUAUCACGGGUGGUGAUUUGUAAGUAUUAGUGAAAAAGAGCUUGGUUCAAAUCUCUGCUGGGUCCUUUUUGUGAAAUAUUUUUUUUCCAGAGAAUUUUUUUUUUUUUUGUUACUUUAUAUGAUGACUUGCCGCCUUAUCUUUUGUUUUUCUGGCUUGUUGAUUGCAGGUUGGCUGUGCCUCCUCUUGCAGAUGGCUAUUAUUCCUGCAGUUAUCUCACUUAGGUUUUAGUAUAACAGGUUUCUCUCCUGUUGGUCUCAUCAAUGGAGUGUUUUCAUCCGUCAUGUGAUGUUCUGCCCUUUAUUUAUUAGCGAUGGUAAAAAUGGAACAAUUGGGAGAUCCUUUACAACAAUCGUUAAAAAAAAAAAUAAAAAAAAAA